CAUUGAUUGACUCGACUCCGAAUUCCCCGCUGACCACAAUUCAACAACGAAAUACCAACCACACUUGCAUAACAGCGCAUACGGCCUGAGCGAUUAACUACCACUGUCUGUGAACACUGCGGGGCAAGGCGUCCAAUUUAUCAACCGCGAAAUCAGACAGUCAGACAGACACCAAACUGUCUGCACAACCACCGCCGCCGAAACAACACCACAAGCGAAUUCAACACCACGCCCAACCGCAACAAUGGCAGAGCCCAACACCCUCUACCAAUACUCGAUCCUCAACGCCCUCAUGCACGGCAUCAGCACGACAGGCCCCACCCUCUCGGAAGUCCUCAAGCACGGCGACCACGGCCUCGGCACCAUCACCCACCUCAACGGCGAAAUCGUCAUCCUAAACAGCAAAGCCUACCACUUCCCGCCAGACUACACGAACCUGAAACCUCUCCCACCCACAGAGCAAAUGCCCUUCCUGAUGAUCACGCGCUUCGAACCUACCCUCACUAAGCGGCUCUCUGCCCCGCUCUCGAUGAGCACGCUUGAUAAAGCGCUUGCGCCGCUCCUGCCUGCUAAGCAGAAUCAUUUCAUUUCGGUGAAGAUUGAGGGGUCGUUUAGUGUUGUGCGGUGUCGGUUUGUGCCUGCGCAGGAGAGGCCGCGGCAGUCGCUGAAGGAGUUGGGGCAGCGCGUGUCGCCGGUUGAGUUCCGCGAUGUGAAGGGGACGCUGUUUGGGUUUUGGUCGCCGGAGUAUACGAAUGGGUUUAGUGUGGCCGGGUUUCAUUUGCAUUUUGUGGCGGAGGGGGGCGAGAAGGGCGGUCAUGUUACUGGUUUUGAGGUCGAUGAUGGUGGUGAGGGGGUGGUGCUGGGUGCGGCUGCUAUUAAGGAUUAUAGGGUUGAGUUGCCUGAUUCGGAGGAGUUUCAGGAGGAGGUUGUUACGAAUGCGCAGGCGGCGGAUUUGCAUGCUGUUGAGGGGGCUAGACAUUAAUCUCUCUUUUUCUUUUGGAAGUGUUUCUUUUGGGUAUGGGUAUGGUUAUGGUACAUUAUACGAAGAUGAAGAUCAUGAUGAUUAUCAUAUGUACAGUUGCAUGCAUUACUACUGGGUAUCAAGGUUCAAGUUCAUCAUACGCGUUGGCG